AGGUACCGGCUCUCAAAGAGCCGGUUGGUUCGAUUUCGUUCUCUCAAAGAUUCGUUCUUUUUGAACGAAUCGUUAACGAACGACCCAUCACUAAUAUGGUCGUUGAUUCAGACCUUACUGUUCCGAUUCUACUCGAUGUAAACACGGAAUGGCUCUGGAGAUAGGAAUAGAAAAUGAUUUAAUAAAUGGGUUUUGAUGUAUGGUGAGGUCGCGUGUUGUCAAUCAUUGAAAAGAGGAAAUUGCUGAAAUCAUCAGGCACAAUCUAUGGGACAAAUCAGUAUGACAAAUCUUCCCUUACAACGAAAGUCUAAAGAAAUUAAUGUUGAAGUGUUGCAGAAAAGAGUAUCGUUCCUAUGAAUGAGGAAGAUUUUAUAACUAUGUAAAAACAAUUUUUAUAUAAUGGAAUCUGUAAUUAAGGAAGCAAGCCUUAAUGGAUCUAGAAACAGUGAAGAAACAAACUACCAACCAGUGGUGAAGAUUGAACCUGAAAUUGAAUCAUGUGGCCUUGAGGAAACAAGCUAUGGCCUUUUGCCUGUCAAGUGUGAAUAUGAAAGUGAGACUUCAGGUGCAGAAGACAAUGAACCCGUACCAUCACCUAUAUUGCCUUUGGUAGAAAUAAAGGUUGAAGAAAAUUGGAAUGAUGGUGACGACAAUUCCAAAGAUCAGUUUGGUACUUUUGACAGAACAAACCCAUUCUUCGAAAACACGUUAGCUGUAACCACCAACACUGUUCAUGAGCCUACAUCAAUAUGCAAGAGUGAUAAGCAGAAUAAAAAGAGCACAUUUGCAAGAAAAACUACUAAGAAAAUUAAUCAGUCAACACCCACAUCAAACUUGGAACUACUGUGGAAAAGCAGCUCAGAUAAUUUAGAUGAGCCGCGGCACAAAUGCGAUAAGUGUAGUGCAACCUUCCUGUACCUGUCAAGGUUGAAGAGCCACAUGUUAAACCACGACGGUGAGAGGCCUUAUUCGUGUGAUCAGUGCAAGAUGACGUUCAAGUUGAAGGGUAAUUUAGCCACUCACCAGAUAUCCCACGUCGACGACAGGCCUUUCUUGUGCUCCGACUGCGGCAGGAGCUUCAAGAUGAAGACAACGCUGCAGAAACACCGGAAAAUACACAACACCGGCGCACCAGGUGCGGCACAGCAGCAGGAUGAAGCAGAAGAGCAGCAGCAGGUGACGGAUGGAACGGACGAAGGUAUCAGUCGCAAGAAAAAAAUAAAAUGUCCUUAUUGCGACAUGAGCUUCAAUUCGUCGUUUGGACUGUCCGUGCAUCUGGUCAUACACACCGGGGAGCGGCCCCACAAGUGCAGGUUCUGCGAUGAAACGUUCACGCAGAAAGGCCACCUGCACCACCACCUGAGACUGCGUCAUCCCGGCCUGAAGCACCACACGUGUCCGUUGUGCGGUCUGGACUUCGAGCACCUCGCGGAGCUCAAGGAGCACAACAAGUUUUGCUCGGAGCAGCACGGCAUGGCGCCUAAGAGGCGUAUCGCUCGCAAGGUCGACCACAAGUGCGACGCCUGCUCGGCGGUGUUUGCGUUCCGCACGAGACUGCUCCUGCACAAAACAGAGGUGCACGGCGACGACCGGCCGUUCGGGUGUACGGAGUGCAACCAGUCGUUCAAGAAGAAGUCGCAUCUGGACAAGCACAACAUGCUCCACAGUGGCGACAGGCCGUACGUCUGCCGAGAGUGCGGCAACGCUUUCACGCAGCGGAGUCACCUCAGAACUCAUCAGAGGACGCAUUCCGGUGAGAGGCCGUACAAGUGCGAUGUUUGUGGCGCGGGUUUCUUCCAGAACUGCCAUCUGAAGGCCCACAAGUUUCUUCACACGGGGAAGCCCUUUAUUUGUGGGAUCUGUAAUAAGGGAUUUUGUCAUAAGCACCGCUUGCGUGGUCAUGAAAAGAUUCAUAAAAAAUUGAACACUCCGGAUAGUUUAAGAGAAAAAUAUGAAUGUGCUUUGUGUACUAAAGCGUUCAUUUCCAAGACUCAAUUAAUAGAUCACUUUGAAAAUAAUCAUUAAUUAAAAUUUCUUGUGUGCGCAAUGAACUGAGGUUUGGCCAGUUGAAAAAUCACUUUCAGUGGGGUCACGAGUGAUGAGUCCUAUGUAUCCAUCCCCUUCUUCACCGUGAAACUGCUUUCACAAAACAUCUCAAAACUCUUGAAUAACAGUAACAUUCCAAAUUAACAUGCACUGCAACUUAUAUGAGCUCGCAAAGCAGUAAACAGGUAAUAAUUAACUUGUAUUGCUGUGUGCAGCUGGCAAAUGUUUUUAGUUUUGGUGCACACACAUUCUAUUGUUUAUUAUGUACAGUAUUUAUUGUCCAAGAAUAUGCAGUGAAAAUACAAACAAAAUUUAAAAUAAAGGUUUCUAGCCUUUGGCAAUGCAUGGUAUUAUCCUGCAUGGAUUGUUUUAACUCCUAAAAAUAAAAUAAAAACUUGUGUAUUUACACUUUUGUUUGCACUGUUGCUCAAAGACUUUUGCAGUUUACCAUGUAUUAAUCUCAAAAUACAGCCAUUACAACAAAAAAAAAAAAGUUAAAAUUUUAUUUAUAAAAGGCCCUCGUUUUAUUGUUUUAAUUUGCAGUGGUAUUGCUGUGGUUAAUUAAAUUGUUUCACAUUAUUUAUUUGCAUAACUGCAUUGAAUGUUCUGCCUUAUAAUUUUUUUUUAUAUUCUAAAUGUUUUAUUUGUAAAUGCAGGGAACUGCAUUGUACAUGUAUGGAUUUUUCUUGUGAUUUUGUCGUAAGUUGUUUUAUCUGCACUUCUGGUAUAUAUAUAAUUCUGACCAGAACUUUCCUAGCUAUGAAAAAUGUCUCAAAUAUAUAAAAAAUCUCAUUUAUUUCUAACAAUAAGACAUGUUUAUGCAGAUCACUGCAUUUUAGGUUAAUUCGUCGAGUUUUUCCAUUGAUUUUGAUCACAUCUGCACAUCAGGGUAUCAUUUUAAUGCAGUUAUGUCAAAUUAUCAUUAAUCGUAGAUAUAGGUGUUACUGAAUAAUAAAUAUAUAUCAUAGCAACAUUUAUUUUGCAUUUGGCUAAGCCUUGCAAGAAGAGCUGUACCAAUUCACAAAAUUUUGCUGAUAUGCCGAUUCACCGAUUCCGAACUGAUACUAUCCAAAAUGUCUCCUUGGAAAAGCAUGCAAUGUAUUUUAGUUUAAGUAAACAAAAGUUAAUUAAAAAGAAAGAUAACCUAAGAAGAA